CUCUGCUCCUCCUCCCGUCUCCAGUUCUCCGUUCUCCACUCCCCAAGCUCAAGUGCGGAGUGCCCAACAACUCCACCGCCGCCGCUUCGCAGGCAGCAGCCAUGGACACGGACGACACUCACGAGCCGGCGUCCCCUACCUCGGCGUCUUCAUCUUCGUCGUCGUCGUCUGCCUCCUCGUCCUCCCAGGCCCAGGCCCCGAAGAAGCGGGCGCGGAAGGACGGCAGCCGGCACCCGACGUACCGCGGCGUGCGCAUGCGGAGCUGGGGCAAGUGGGUGUCCGAGAUCAGGGAGCCCCGCAAGAAGUCGCGUAUCUGGCUGGGAACGUUCGCCACCGCGGAGAUGGCAGCGCGCGCGCACGACGUGGCCGCGCUCGCCAUCAAGGGCCGCGGCGCGCACCUCAACUUUCCGGAGCACGCGCACCUGCUCCCGCGCCCGGCCUCCGCGUCGCCCAAGGACGUGCAGGCGGCCGCCACGCUCGCCGCGGCCGCCGACUUCCCCCCGCCGCCGCCGCCGUCCUCGUCCUCCGCCGACGCCGGCGCCAAUGCCAAGAGCCCCGAGAGCAGCAGCUCCGACGACGCCAGCGCCGCCGCCUCGCCGCCCCACGAGGCGACCCCGCAGGACGCCGAGCCGGACCCCGACGACGCGCUGUUCGACCUCCCGGACCUGCUCCUGGACCUGAGAUGCUGCGGCCCGUCCUCGUGGGCCGUCGACGACGACAUGGCCGUUUCCGCCGGCGGCGCGUUCCGCCUCAUCGAGGAGCCGCUGCUGUGGGAGUACUGAUCAAUGCCCACAGACAUCGCGGGUUCGUUCUUGGAGCAGUCGCCACGCCAGUCAUCAGCAACUCCCCGCAUCGCCGCUAGUUGAGUAUUAGAACCGAUCGGACACAUGUAAAUGCCACCGCUUUCGUUCCUCCGUUCUGCCCUUUCUCUUCUUUUCGUAGCAAGUUCUUUUUCUCCAGAUUGCUGCUCUCCCGUCCGCUGUCCCGUUCUUCCCCUGUUUUCCUUUUGCCAGAUUUAGGAGCCGCGCUUGUACAAAGCUAUUCCCUUUUCGCCUUCUCUUGCUUGAUUUGGGGGACAAGAAUAUGUAUAAUUAACGAGCAUCUUAUCUUCCAUCACUCCA